AUGUUUUCAAAAAAAAUAUCAUUGUAUAAUAAAACUAAUGGAAAAAAAGAUAAUUCAUCAAAAGUAUUUUUAUUUGUAAUAUUAUUUGUUGUUUUAGUAAUUGUUUUUGUGCAAAGUUUAAGUAUUUCACAAUUUAACAAUGAAAUCUCACAAACAACCUCAAUAACUAUAGAUACUAAAGAAAGUAAUGAUAAUAAUAAUUUAAUUAUUAAUAAAAAUAAUAAUAAUGAAAAUAUAAAUAAUAAUAAUAAUAAUGAUAAUAAUGAAAGUGAUGAAGAUGCAUUAUUAAGAAAACAACAUCAAGAAUUUAAAGAAGCAGAAGAGAAAGCAAAUAAAGGAAAAAGUUUAUCAUAUGCAACAAGAUCAUAUGCAACUAGAAAACCAAAAGAAAAAUCAGAACAACAAAUUGAAAAUGAAAAAUUAACAUUAUUAGAGAAAGAUAUUUUAAGAGGUAGAGUUUUUAAAGAGUUUAAAGAUGAAGUUGAAAUAUUAAAGAGUCUUGACACUGAUCCAGGUUAUGCAAGCAUAUUGAAUUUACCAGAUUAUAAGCCACCAACAGGUGACGAAUUGGUAGACAAAGUUAAAGAUACCACAUGGAAAUUAAGUAAAGAGGAAAACCCAUUCUAUUUACCAAAACCACAUAUUUUCAUCCACGUUCCAAAGGCAGCAGGAAGCAGUUUGGGUGGAAUUUUCAAGAGAAAUGAAAAGCGUGAUAAAUUUGCGCACCAUUGGAAACAUCCAUCCUAUUCAGAACUUGAAAGUACUAUGCAAAAAGAUUCAAUUUUCGGACAUAUUAGAUACGGUCUUCAUUUCUAUUUCAAUGAUAAUGACCCAACUAGAGUACCAGAGAAUCCAUAUGGUUUAAAUAAGUAUUCCUAUAUGACAAUGUUAAGAGAACCAGUGGAUAGAGUCAUCUCAAAUUACUAUUAUCAUAGACAAAAUAGAAAAGAUCCAUUCCAUGAAUUAGCAAUGAAUCAUAAUUUAACAGAAUGGAUUAAAGUUGCUGCAGCUGGUAAUAAUGAGCAAGCCAGAAUGAUUUGUGGUAUGGGUUGGGAGGAUUUCGGUAACCAAACCAUCUACGAUAUGGCACUCCAUCAUUUAAAAUACACUUUUAAAUUUGUCGGUAUAACUGAACAAUUUACAGAGAGUUUGGUUUUAUUUUCCCAUUAUAGUGGUUUUCAAAAUAUUAGAUACUCUAAAAUCAAUACCGGUAGACAAAGAGUAUCUGUUGAUAAAAUUCCUGACGAUUUAAGAAAAGAGAUUGAAGAAAGAAAUUGGAUAGAUGUUGCACUCUAUAAAAUGGCUUUAGAUAUCUAUAAUAAACAAAUUGAUCAAAUUGGUAGAGAUUUCUUUGAACAAGAAGUAGCCGCUUACAAAGAUAGAUAUUUAUCUGGAAAAUAUAAAGUACCAAAUAUUUUACAUACAACUAAACCAGUUGAACAAACUCAACAACAACAACAAUAA